CAAAAGAAAAAAUUUAACAGAAUACAACUUUUAGUUUUUUGUUUAAUUUUAUCGUUUAUAAAAAAUUAUAAAAGAAAAUACAAUUCAAUAAAAAAGAGCAAUUUUAGAAUAAAGUUUAUUUCUAAUGUGGCUUUACUGAUUACGAACACUUUUGAAGCACAGAGUGCCGGUGUUAGUGAGGAUAUUGUUCGUCUUUACGGUAGCCUUGCAUGGGCUUUACUGGUUCGAGGCUGUGCACCGUUGACCAUCUUCUUCAGAUUCCAUUCAGCAGCUUGUUUUGCAGAUAUCUGGAAACAUACUUAUUCAUCGUAUCACAGUAAAAAAAAAAAUCAUAAAUGA